GCUGAGUCAGUCUCCACAUUACCAAUCGACCAACCACCCUCUAAAGGUAAAGAUGAUGGUCGAGGAUCUGGGCGUGGAGGCGAAGGAAGCGGCGCUGCGGGAGGUUGCGAAGCUACUUCCGCUUCCGGAGCUUUUGCAAUCCAUUUCUUCCAUCAAGGCCGAUUACAUCGCCCGGCAACAGGCAAAUGAUGCACAACUUAGUACAAUGGUUGCAGAGCAGGUUGAACAGGCACAAGCUGGACUUAAAUCACUCUCAUUAUCUCAAAACUCCAUAAACCAGCUCCAUGAGAACUUCCUAUCUACUGAGAAGUUAUGUCAUGAAUGCCAGACAUUAAUUGAAAACCAUGAUCAAAUAAAGCUCCUUAGCAAUGUGAGGAAUAACUUAAACCAAACAUUGAAGGAUGUUGAGGGUAUGAUGUCCAUUUCAGUUGAAGCUGCUGAGGCACAUGAUUCUUUAGGUGAUGAUAAAGAAAUUAUCAACACAUAUGAGAGGUUAACAGCACUUGAUGGAAAGCGGAGGUUUGCAUUAGCAGCAGCAUCAUCUCAUGAAGAAGAGGUAGGAAAAUUAAGGGAGUAUUUUGAAGAUGUUGAUCGAACCUGGGAGACAUUUGAGGAAACAUUAUGGAGCCAUAUUGGCAACUUCUAUAAACUUGCAAAAGAAAGUCCACAAACCCUGGUUCGUGCUAUAAGAGUUGUUGAAAUGCAAGAAAUUCUUGAUCAACAACUAGCUGAAGAAGCAGCUGAGGCCGUGGGAGAGGGUGCAAUGGCAUCUAUUGUGAAUUCUCAUAAAACUGGCAAAAAAUCUACCACUGCUUCAGCUUCUUCUAGAAACCAAACACAGACAAAGUUAAAGGUUCAAGGGAAAGGCUAUAAGGAUAAAUGCUAUGAGCAAAUAAGGAAAACAGUUGAAGAACGGUUCAACCAGCUUUUGACAGAGCUUGUCAGCCAUGACCUGAAAGGAGCUAUAGAGGAAGCUCGGACGAUUGGUGAAGAGCUUGGAGAUAUUUAUGACUAUGUAGCUCCAUGUUUUCCUCCAAGAUAUGAAAUAUUCCAGCUCAUGGUGAAUCUGUAUACUGAGAGGUUUAUUCAAUGGCUUCGAAUGCUGAGUGACAGAGCCAAUGAGCUAACAAACUUAGAGAUGUUAAAGGUAACAGGUUGGGUUGUUGAAUACCAAGAAAAUCUAGUUGGGCUUGGUGUUGACGAGACCCUUGCUCAAGUCUGUUCUGAGAGUGGUGCUUUGGAUCCUCUCAUGAAUUCAUACAUUGAAAGAAUGCUAGCAACAAUGAGGGAAUGGUAUUCAAACAUCUUGGAGGCUGAUAAAGCACAACAACCAAAGAGAACAGAAGAAGGCAAGCUGUAUACCCCAGCUGCUGUUGAUUUGUUCAGGAUUCUUGGGGAGCAAGUUCAAACUGUUAGGGAUAAUAGCACUGAUGUGAUGUUGUAUAGGAUUGCUUUGGCUAUUAUUCAGGUAAUGAUUGAUUUUCAAGCAGCUGAAAGGCAAAGACUUCAAGAGCCUGCUUCUAAUAUUGGUUUGGAAGCUUUAUGUGCAAUGAUUAAUAACAAUUUGCGUUGCUAUGAACUUGCAUUGGAACUUGGUAACAGCAUCAUAGAAGCUCUCCCUCCAAGCUAUGCUGAUCAGGUUACUUUUGAAGAUACAUGCAAAGGUUUCCUAGAUGUGGCAAAGGAAGCUGUGCAUCAGACUGUUAAUUUUAUCUUUGAAGAUCCUGGAGUGCAAGAGCUGCUUGUCAAGCUUUACCAGAAAGAGUGGUGUGAAGGACAGGUUACUGAGUUCUUAGUUGUAACAUUUGAUGAUUAUUUUACAGAUGUUAAGAUGUAUAUUGAAGAGCGAUCGUUUAGAAGAUUCGUUGAAGCCUGCUUGGAGGAAACAGUUGUUGUCUAUGUGGAUCAUCUAUUAACACAGAGAAAUUAUAUCAAGGAAGAGACAAUUGAACGGAUGAGGCUAGAUGAGGAGGUUCUUAUGGAUUUUUUCAGGGAGUAUAUUAUUGUCUCUAAAAUUGAGAACAGAAUCAGGAUUCUGAGUGAUCUAAGAGAACUUGCCUCAGCUGAGAGCCUGGAUACCUUCACCCUAAUCUAUACAAAUAUCCUAGGGCAUCAACCAGACUGCCCGCCUGAUGUUGUUGAGAAGCUUGUUUCACUGAGGGAAGGCAUACCACGCAAGGAUGCCAAAGAGCUUGUACAAGAUUGCAAAGACAUAUACGGGAACUCUCUUGUUGGUGGAAAGCCCCCGAAGACAGGAUUUGUUUUCCCAAGAGUGAAGUGCUUACAAUCUUCCAAAGGAUCUCUAUGGCGGAAGCUGACAUAGUUAAACUGAAGCACUCGGCAGGUUUUUUCUGGCACUGUAAGUCUGUAAGAUAAGUUUAGACCGCCAUUUUCGUAUUAUCAUAUUUCUUUUUUGGUUGGAAAGUGCUGAAGAUGGGUGUUUACGGGUUCAAAUAAAAGUGUCAUUCUUUGUUAUUAUUAUUGACUAUUUUACUGCGUACCGAAUUUUAUUUUCUUCAGACGCCUUUUAAUUAGAUAUUGAUGGAAGACAUUAAACAUUUCUGCCUGCUUCUGUAAAUGAAUUUUAUAUGAAUAAACAAUAAUGUUCCAA